AUGGCUACCCCUAGUGUCCUCGCCUUUGACGCUGAGGGUCGAGCCAUUGACUUUGAGGUCUGGGUCGACGACCUGCAGCUGUUCUUACAGUGCGAUAGGGCGGACGGUCUUUCCCUCUUUGACCUCACCUCUGGCGCCUCUCCUACCCCUGCUGCUGAUGCUGACCCCACUGUACGCUCCCAGUGGGCCACGCGCGAUGCUGCUGCACGUCUUGCUGUGCUUCGCCACCUCCCUACCUCCGAGCGUGCGCACUUUAGUCAGUACAAGAGUGCUAGGACCUUGUACGACGUUGUAGUCGCACGCUACUCCUCCCCUUCCACUGCUGCACUGAGCCGUCUCAUGCUACCGUACCUCUUCCAUGACCUUGCUGCCUUUCCCACCGUUGCUGACCUUAUUACGCACCUCCGCACUAGUGACACUCGCUACCGCGCUGCACUCCCUGCUGACUUCUGCGCCGCGAACCCCCCCCCCAUGUACAUCACUCUGUACUUCCUAGUCACUCGCCUCCCUGACUCCCUUCGCGUAGUCAGGGACCACUUUCUCUCAGUCUGUCCCACCACACUCACCGUAGAUCUCCUCGAGAAGGCCCUCCUCGCGAUAGAGAAGAGCGUAGUCGCUGUAGGAGCCUCUCGAGACGCUGCUCUGGCAGGGGCAAGGGGGGCAAGGGUGCUGGAGGAGCGGGCGGUGGAGGUGGAGGUGGAGGCGGUGGGGGGAGUGAGGGUGGCGGUGGGAGUGGAGGUGGGGGUGGAGGGGUUGGUGGCAGAAGUGGAGGCGGAGGCGGAGGCGGCGGUGGCGGUGGGAGCAGAGGUGGCGGAGGAGGCGGCGGUGGUGGCGGCGGCGGCAGUGGAGGCGGUGGAGGCGGUGGAGGCGGUGGGGGUGGCGGUGGAGCUGGUCGCGGGUCUUCGCAGAGGAGUGGCUCCGGUGGUGGCUUGCGCCAGCAGCAGCAGCGCGGUCGUACGACCCUGUCCCCUCAGCAGCUCCGUGAGUGGUACACUGCCCGCCAGCGGGGUGGGGGCUUUGGUCCGUGCACCUAUGUCCUGCGCACCGGCGACCGUGCGGGGGCGCUAG